UGUCGUCCACUGUCACAGGGCCACUAUCGACACAGUCUGACUGUUGAGGACCUGCUCCAUCAACGUUAUUCAGAACAUGCUUCAUGUAUGGGGAUUGUAGAAGUGUUUUAGGCAGCAUAGAAUCGUACAGGGACCGUUAGAAGUAUUCUAGGGACCAUAGAACUGUAUAGGGAGCAUAGUAGAACCUGAACACUAUGGCCAGGAUGACUAUGGUGGACCAGUCAAGGCUGCUAAGGAUGCAGCUGACAGCCAUGCAGACCAUGAGAACGCUGAUAGUGGAGAAUGCCAGCGCGGGUGAAAAAAACAAUGGAUUUGAUGUUCUCUACCACAACAUGAAGCAUGGCCAAAUCUCCUCCAAGGAACUUACUGAUUUCAUCAGAGAAAGGGCUACCAUAGAAGAGGUCUAUGCCAGGUCAAUGACCAAACUUGCCAAGUCAGCUGGCAACUUCUCUCAGCUUGGGACAUUUGCCCCGGUGUGGGAUGUGUUUAAGACGUCCACAGAGAAGCUGGCCAGCUGCCACCUGGAGCUAGUGAGGAAGCUACAGGAGCUUAUCAAAGAUGUGCAGAAGUAUGUGGACGACCAGGCCAAGGUCCACAAAAAGACGAAGGAGGAGGUGGCAUCCACUAAUGGGGCAGUACAGACCAUCCAGACAACCGGGGUGGCCUUACAGAAGUCCAAGGAGAACUACAACGCCAAAACUGUGGAUCAGGAGAGACUCCGCAAGGAGGGAGCCACACAGAGAGAAGUGGACAAGGCGGGAGUGAAGGCCAAGAAAGCCACAGAAGCCUACAAGGGCCUUGUGGAGAAAUACGCCACAGCCAAGUCCGAGUUUGAACAGAAGAUGGCUGAAACUGCGCAGAAAUUUCAGAACAUCGAGGAGAGCCACAUUGUUCACAUGAAGGAUAUCAUUCAGUCGUACGCACAAUCUGUUGACGAGACACACGUUCAGAUCGGAGAGGUCCAUACAGAGUUUUUGGGGAACAUGGAGAACACCUCUGUGGAGGGCUUGAUACAGAAACUGGCUGAAAGUAAAGGAACGGGCAAAGAGAGACCAGGUCCUAUUGAGUUUGAGGAGUGCAACACUGCCAUCGCCACUGAAGGAGCCAAACCCAGAAAGAGAAAAACAUACGCCUUCCCUGGCCGCCGGAAAGACAACAAGGACACAGACUCCACGGAGUCGACAGAAGUUGAAGCUGCUAAUAAUGCCAACGGAGCUCCUCCUGGGUACUAUGGCACCAUAGACUUCCAGAACGCUAAUGUCCCCACGGUUGACGAAGAUGGCUUCUGUAUCAGACCAGAAGACCGCAACGAAAAUGAUGCCAAAGAGAACUCGUUCUAUUCAUCGAGUGACUCGGAGGACGAGGAUGAACCCAGGAAGUUCCGCGUGGAGAUCAAGCCGGUGGCGCCCAACAACGGGACGCACCAGAGCCGAGCCACCAUCGACGAACUCAAGGCCUCCAUCGGAAACAUCAGCCUGUCUCCACCAACCACGGGUCAGAUGCGAAGGAAUCAAUCCAGCGAUGAGUUGGGAAAGACCAGGAUUCCAGUGUCUUUCAACGACAGUAGGCCUGCUUUCAAUAAUGACCUUCUCUCUCUGGAUCCUUUCGGCCCGACCCUGGGAGGCUCCUCCUCAUCAACAGCUGAAGUGAUAUUACAACGGGAGCUCUCCUCUCCCCCACUGGCAGACAGCCUGCAGACCAAAGGAGAGGUCACCCCUCUCCCUCCCCUUGCCUCCACCACCACUAAUACCUUCUCUCCAUGGGAGGCCUCACCGGACGACCCCUUCCUGGCUCUGAAGCCCAUCCCAGCCCGGGCCCAGAGUGCCCCCAUCACCCAGCAGGCUGAGCCCAUAGACCCCCAGGAUCCAACCCCAACCCCUGCAGCCACAGCCAGGCUCCCUCAGGGAGAGGACCAGUCAGCAUUCUCCUGGUCCCAGAGCCAGUGGAUAGCCUUCAACGAUGACUUUGUGCCAUUCCGACGCCAACAGAGUUGCGGUCCUGGUACAAGUACAGGCCCGGUCAGCCAUGACCGGACCCAGUCAAAUCCCUCUACCAGCAGGACCCAGUCUAACCCCCCUAUUGACAGGGUCCAGUCUGGUCGGUCCAUCCGUUUCUUCUCUGAGGACCCCGCUGACCCCUAUAACAAGAUGCCGCUGAGCAGUGGGGUUGUGGAGGACAGCGCCUCCUGUGUCUCGGAGGUGCUAUCAGCACUGACAGAGGGGAUGGUAGCCUCAGCAGCUAGCCAAACAAACAACGUGCCUGCCCUGGCCAGACCCAAUACUCCUCUAGCUGGAGCCCUGGUGCCUCCUCCACGACCCUCCUCCAGACCCAAACUACCCACAGGAAAACUCACAGGAAUCACUGAAAUUGUGCGGCCGUUCAGCCCGCCAAAGACGUUGUCCAACGCCAGUCUUACUCUGGCUGCUCCCCUCGCCCGGGCAGAGAGCUCCUCCUCCCUGUCCUCCACCGCCUCCCUCAGUGCCUCCAACACACCCACCGUGGGGUCUGAGCAUACCUUUCGUCUCUCCCGCUCCUCUCCGGAACCAGAGUUCCUCCUUUCUCCCUCUCCUCUGUUUGUCCUCAGCCAAAAGGAUGAUGGUUUCAUUGGGAAGCUGCCCACCUUUGAGAAGCGCUGUGAAACGCCUGCAGGGACAUCUCGCGGUCCCAGCCCGGUGACCCUGGCAUCCCAGGAUGCCUUGCCCAUCGCUGUGGCCUUCACAGAGUCUGUUAAUGCCUACUUCAAAGGAGCUGAUCCCACUAAGUGCAUAGUAAAGAUCACUGGUGACAUGACCCUGUCCUUCCCCAUGGGUAUCAUCAAGGUGUUCACCAGUAACCCCUCCCCUGCCGUGCUCACCUUCAAACUGAAGAGCACGUCCAAACUGGAGCAGAUCCUCCCCAACCAGACACUACUGUUCAGUGAUCCCUCGCAAAGUGACACUAAUACCAAGGACUUUUGGUUCAACAUGCAAGCUCUCACAUCCUACCUCAGGAAAGCAUCAGAGCAGAACCCUGCUGCAUCCUACUACAAUGUGGACAUCCUCAAAUACCAGGUGUCCUCUAAUGGGAUCCAGUCCACCCCUCUGAACCUGGCAGUGUACUGGAAGUGUACCCCCACCACCACUGACCUGAGGCUGGACUACCGUUACAACCCAGAGUCCAUGCUCUGCCCCGGCCCUCUUUCCAACGUACAGGUCCUAGUGCCUGUAGACGGAGAGGUCAUCAACAUGCAGUCCCUGCCCAAUGCUGUCUGGAACUCAGAGCUGAAUAAGUCUCUAUGGAAGCUGAGUGAUAUCUCAGAGAAGUCUGAUAAUGAAGGCUCGGGGUCUCUGAGGGCUAAGUUUGAGCUGUCGGACGGCCCGUCCACCCCAACCACCCUGGCUGUGCAGUUUAUGAGCGAGGGGAGCACGCUGUCAGGGGUGGACAUGGAGCUGUUGGGAGCCGGGUACAGACUGUCCCUCAACAAGAAGAGGUUUGCCACAGGUCGUUACAUGGCAGACUGUUGAGUCGGCACACCGGCCUGGACCCCCAAGCACAACGGCUCUAUUGAAAGUUUUUAUUUUCAAUAGUUUAGUCUUUUUUGUCAUAUUUAUGGAAAGGGAGGGUUAGAGGGGAGAGGUGCAAGCGAAUACAACAGGUUUUUGUGACACAUCCAGACAUUUUGUAAACCGUCUUAAUAUUAUGUCCCAAUGGACCCAUCUGUCCCCGGGAAGAGAUAAGAGAGCUUCUUACUGCAGUAAAGCAGCACUGAGUAUUGAACACUGUUUUUUUUAAAUAUUAAAAUCAAAAUAAACGUUGGGCUGUCAGGAAAUGUAAAGGUAUAGAUAUUGAGAAGUGUAAUGCUUUCUGAUUUAAUUCAGACUUUUAUAAAGUCAGAAUCGUAGUGUUUUGUUAUGUAUAGGUGACAAUGUAUGGCUUAUAUAUAAAUAUAUAUAUAUUAUUUCAACAACAACAAAAAAAUGGGAAAAAAUUCUGCACUAACAAUCUUUCCGGACAUUUUAUUUUCUCCUUUGUAAAUGUUCUGUGUAUUCCACUGAAGCUCUUGAGUAACAAAGAUUUUGUGUAAAACAGUGAGAAGAGAAGGCGUGAGUAGAGGAGUGGACAGGCCAAACUAUCUUCCCUCACCCCCUCUCCUUCUCUUCUCCAGUCGAAAUACGGUCGCUGAGUAUUGUACUUUACAAGACUUAACUCGAGAUCUCUUUUUACAGAUUUUUUUUUUCUGGGCUCUUUCUAUUCUGAUUGUGUGCAAUGAAGAAAUUGAAGUAGAAGCUGUCUUAACUAAACAGCUUCUCUAAAACUGUCAUAGCACAAGCUUAAUUGGUUGUAUGUUGCUUCAGACAACCAUACAAAGUACAUUUUAAGUGUUCUCGUUCAAAGGCAAAAAACAAUUUGUGUGCUGCACGUUUCGUCACAAUAUUGUUUUGAACAUUGGUUUUUAGGACUGAUGUCCAACUUGAUCAUUCCACUCAAUGCAUUGUCAAUUGGUGCUGAUGAAUAUUUAAUCAAAAGUGCAUUACAGUGGCUUGGAAAUAUAAUUACAUUACUAAAGAAGGAAAAUAAUUCGUAGGAAAACCUUUUGUCAACAUUUUGAUCUUGCUAUAUUGACUUUAGAUGUAGUGUAAUGUUUGCUGGCUAGCUAAGAUUGAGAGGAAUCCACCGGAUGGCUAACGUUAGCAUUGCUAGCUAACAACAUUUCCAUCUGCAUGAAGUACAUUUGACAACAUCAUAAUGAUGGCAAAGUUGUUUCUUACUAAAUAUUUGCCUACUUUAGAAAUGUCAUAGUAUUUCCAUAGUGUAAUUUAGACAAAACACUCAUUAGCCCCCAUUCAAAGUCAUUAGCCCACAUUCUACUUUUGGGUAUCAAUAUGGCUGUGACGUCUAGAACAUUGAUAACAAUGGCAAUGACACGGCUGAGUGACAGGCGCAACCCAUACUGGACUGACCUCAGUGCCUCUUCUUACUGUGGAUAAAUUCAUUGAGAAACGUGCCUAUCUUUUCUUUCUGCCCUUUUGUAUGUUAAAAAACACCGCUAACAAAAAAGAAAGCACUAGUCUUGUGCCAGUUGUUGUUUUAUAAUAGUACUGUUUUUGGACAUUGAAAGGAAAAUGCCUCCAGUUUCUACACCAGUCAAACCCAAAGGCAUCUGUCUUCCAGAAACCACUGAUCCAGUGGACUCAUUGUCUCAGUUCGCUCUUUGCUACGAUGUCAUCUUUGAAAGUCUUUUCUAUCUGGGGUAUUUUUUCUCUCUUUGAUCAGAGAGAGAUCUUUGUUCCCAAAAAGCCUUCUGUCUAUUUAAGAGCACUGGACAGCCUACUGACCUAGCUUCUUAAUCAAAAUCAGGCCAAAUAAAUUCUAGAAAUGCCUUAAGAAAAUAUACCUUGACAUCUGUUGAUGACGGUAAUAAAAUGCUACCCAGUUGGGAUAGGUUACAUACUGUAACUGCCAUGUUUGCCUGUGAGGAGAGAGACAGACAAAGGUUCUUGGUGCUGACUCGAUGUCAUACUGAGUGAUUCAUUCUUGCCUUAUAUACCAAUGGAGGACCAGUAUCUAGAUGGGCUACAUCUCCUAGAUGGAGGGAUAUUUAUGCACGUUAUGUAGCAGUUAGUUCUAUCAAUAUCACAAACAUGUUUUUGUAUGCCUUUUUCAUCCAACGCCUCUUCCCCAAAACCAUUGUUUUGACAUAGGUAAAAGAUCAGUACUGUAAUGUCAUUACAAACAUUGAUAAUGGGCACAUCAGCAACACUGUGAUUGUGGACUAUUUUCUAAAGGCCCCUCUAGGCAUUGUAGGUUACUUCAAUACUAGAUUUGUACUGUUACUGUCCAUCCUGUAUGUGGCCAUCUGACCACUGUAUCCUUGUAGACACCUGGUCUUUGGAACAGUUAGGGUUUGAUACUGUUAACAUUCUUGCUGCUUCUGAAAUGACAGCCUAUGCUCCAGUUCAAUUAUUUUGUUUAAUAGUAGUGCACUAUGGAAUAGUGUGCCAUUUCAGAGGCACUAUGAGUAGAUCUGGUUAAUCCAAGCCUUUCGCUUACUUGUAUAAAAAUAUGCCUUUCAUCACAUCGCAUCGCUUACUAGUUAAUAUGUGAUCCGCCCAUAGAGAUAGAUAGAGGACUCAUCUCCAUAUAUCCAUCUAGACUCCUCUCUAUCUAUCUCUAUGUAUCUCUGUAUCCAACCUAUCCUCAAAAUGAAACUGUUCAGUACAACAACAAAAUACUUAGUCCAUGUGGCCACAGAAUUUAAUAACAAUGCGAAAGAAGUAAUUAUUGUUUAACAAUGUUGAUGUUUAAAAUAUUAUUUGUUUUGUACACAGUACGAUUCGGUCAAGAUUUCGUUUUGUAAGGGCAUGGAUUCAUCUGAAUCACCACUGUUUUAUUGGACAUUUUUAAAUUGUAUGUACAAUUUUUUUUAAAGGUGAGAUUUGCAACCUUCAAUAGCAUUGUAGAGGCAGAUACUUACUUUAGUUGUAUGAUGGGUAAAAUAAUACACAAAAAAACUCAACAUUUAUUUAAAUCUCUUCAAGAACACUAUAUGACACCAUACUGUCCCAACCAAAUGAUGUGAGGUUAUCUGAAUGGAGUUUACUACUUACUUAUCAUGCAAAACAAAUGUAGCAGGUGAGGAACGUUUAGAGAGGAACAACGUAUUUCUGUGGCGUUCUCCUUUAAACAGCACAGGCUACUCUCGAUUCACCCCUUCGAUCAGAGAAACCCCACACAGAAACGGGAAUAUAUAUGCAACGUAUAUUUAGCAAGCUGGUUCUUGCUGUCUCUACAUAACACCCUGUGAUUUUUUUUUUUGGGGGGGGGGGGGGGGGGGGGGGCUUGUCAUCAUGGUAAUUCUCUGUAUGUAUGUCUGUCAAAAAGGAUAGUUAAAAAAGCAAAAUUGUGUGUAUAUGAUUUCUCAUGAAAUGUACAUUUUUACAAAUAUCUCAGCCACUUUUUUUCUGUUCUCUUCAUGAUCGAUCUCAAUAUGCCUCUAUUAAAUGUGUAAUAUAUGAAUAUAUACAUGUGUAUAUAAAAAUGACUACUUAAAAUGGU